GUGUGUGCUAAGUUGGUGGACAUGGCCAGACCCGCAGAGAAACAGCACAGCUCAGUCUGCUGUCCUCAUGGGUACAGGAGGUCUGGUUGGGCACUGUUUGCUGUGACCAUAAAUUCCUGAACAUUCACCUUGACCAUGAGCACUCAAAGAGAAGACUCUCAGGACCAGGCCAUCGUCAGACUAGCCGCUCAUUUACCAGACCUCAUUGUCUAUGGAGACUUCUCUCCAGAUCGGCCCUCUGUGGAUUAUUUUGAUGGAGUCCUGAUGUUUGUUGAUAUUUCAGGUUUUACUGCGAUGACUGAGAAGUUCAGCACGGCCAUGUACAUGGACCGAGGGGCCGAGCAGUUGGUGGAAAUCCUCAACCACUACAUAAGUGCAAUCGUGGAGAAAGUGUUGAUUUUUGGAGGAGACAUCUUAAAAUUUGCAGAACCAGUGCUUCUGGGGAAUAACCCGGAACUUCUUGCUCGGGCCUUCUUGCCAGGACUGGCUGCCGGCCACAUCACCAUGGUGGUAUUUGGAGAUGAAACGCGCAACUACUUUCUGGUGAUGGAUCUCCUGAGGCUUACGUACAUAAUGGACUCCAAUCCUGAAUUGGAACUGUCCCUCCAAAAGUAUGUGAUGGAAAGCAUACUGAAGCAGAUUGAUGACAAACAGUUUCAGGGGUACCUGUCCGAGCUUCGCCCCGUGACCAUUAUGUUUGUGAACCUGGUGUUUAACAAAGGAGAGAAAGUGGAAGUCAUUGCCUCGGCCAUCCAGGAUGUCUGUGUGCACACCAGUUCUGUCUUGAAGGUCUUCCGAGGCCAAAUCAAUAAAAUCUUCAUGUUUGACAAGUGUGGAAUCGUCGGACAUUCCGUGAGACAUGAGUACACAGUAAUUGGUCAGAAAGUCAACAUGGCUGCCAGGAUGAUGAUGUACUACCCAGGAAUUGUGACUUGUGACUCUGUCACUUACAACAGCAGAAACCUCCCAACCUACUUUUUCAAAGAGCUUCCAAAGAGAGUCAUGAAAGGUGUUGUGGAUCCUGAACCCAUCUAUCAGUGUCUGGGACUUAAUGAAAAAAUGAUGUUUGGUAUGGCAUACCUCAAAUGCAACAGAGAGGAGGGCUACCCUUUGCUGGGACGUGAUAAGGAGAUCAAAUACUUCACGGGUAGAAUGAAGGAAUUUUUGGUGUCCAACCGUAGCCAAGUCCUAAUGUACGAAGGCUUACCAGGACAUGGAAAAAGCCAGCUACUUAUGGAAAUUGACUAUCUGGCCCAAGGCGAGAACCACAGGACUAUUGCUAUUGCAUUGACUAAGAUCAGCUUCGGUCAAAAUUUUUAUACCAUCCAGAUGUUCAUGGCCAAUGUACUAGGUCUGGAAACAUGUAAACAUUAUAAAGAACGAGAGACCAACCUUCAAAAUAAAAUCAAGACACUGUUGGAUGAGAAGUUCCAAUGUCUUCUGAAUGACAUCUUCUACGUCCAGUUCCCUGUCUCACAAGAGGUUUCUGAGAUGACCAUGUCGAGAAAGCAAAAGCUGUUGGAAACAUUGUUUAUGAAGAUCUUGGAGCAAACCGUGAAAAAGGAAAGGAUUAUUUUCAUCAUUGAUGAGGCCCAGUUUAUUGAUUCAGCCUCGUGGUCGUUUAUGGAGAGGCUUAUCCGGACUGUUCCUAUCUUCAUCAUCAUGUCCCUGUCCCCCUUCAUGGACAUACCCUGUCCAGCUGCCAGCACCAUAAUGAAGAACAGGAACACCACCUACAUCAUCCUCGGAGCCCUGCAACCUAAGGACAUCCUCAACAAGGUCUGCCGAGACCUCAAUGUCAAGGGCAUCCCCAAAGAACUGGACACGUACCUGGUGGAGGGAAGCUGUGGGAUCCCACUUUACUGUGAGGAAUUGCUAAAAAGCCUCGAGCAUCACAGAGCACUCGUUUUACAACCAAUGGAGGUGGUGAAAAAGACCAAUACCACCUGGAAUAACGUGAACAUGAAUUUUAGUAGGCCAAAAGAGGAAUUAGAUACAUUUACUCUCAGUAGUGCAGAAGAAAAUGAGGAAGUCUGUAACCUCGCUCGUGGUGUCAUAUUGAAAAACUUGUCACCUCCAGCCUCAUUAAAAGAAUCGAAUGAUGUCGCACUCAACCACGUCUUCUGCCAGCUCACGGAGCUCUUCCUCCUCGCUGAGAGCUGGGAGGAACAGAAAGGCGGCAUGGAUCGGCCAUCACUCUGCCCCCCCCAGCCCCCAGCUGCCACAUCAGCUCUCCGAUCAGGCGUGCCAUCAACAAAGAGGAGAUGGGGGGCCAUUCGGAGCUCUAUGCCAUUCCGGAAGCAACGGAAGAUGUUGGACUUCACGAGGGUCGCCAGGGCCAUGAUCAUCAUCUGCAUGUCCCAGCCCGGGAGAAGGUCGAACAGCAGCUCCAUGGUGAAGUUCAGGCCGAUAAUGGCAGCACACCUCACCAACACCUGGCUGGCGCAGCUUUACCGGCAAACGGCCUGCUUCUCCUUGCUGUGGAAGAUCUACAGCCUCAACUACUUUUUUCACUACAAGUACUACAGCCGCCUGGCAGCCAUGACGCAAGUAAAUAUCGCACUGGAAACCCAAGAUGAUUUCCAGAUCAUUAAGGCCUACCUGGAUUAUUCACUGCACCACCAGCUGGCGGGCUAUGAAGGCAUGUGGUUCAAAUAUGAAAUCAUGGCCAUGGAACAGAUCUUCAACCUCCCCCUGAAAGGCGAGGGCAUUGAAAUCAUGUCCUAUGUGGCUCAUAAACUGGGCUACACCAAGCUUUUAAUGGGCCACUUGGACUUGGCCAUUGACUUAGGCUCUCGAGCCCAUAAGAUGUGGGCACUGCUCCGAAGUCCUAACAGACAGUGUAUCGUCCUCUGCUGGCUUAGUAAAGCUCUCUUCUUGAAAGACAGACACGAAAGACUGAUCCAUGUGCUGGGGAGGUUGUGGGACCUUUCUGAAUCAGAAGAACAGAUCUUCAGCAAGGCAUUUUUCUAUUUCGUCUGCCUGGAUAUCAUGCUUUAUUCCGGCUUUGUUUAUAAGACAUUUGAAGAAUGUUUGGAAUUCAUAUACCAAAAUGAAGACAAUAGCACUGUCAAAUUCCAAAGUGGAAUCCUCCUGGGACUUUAUUCCAGUGUAGCUAUCUGGUAUGCCAGGCUUCAGGAAUGGGACAACUUCCACCUGUUUUCCAGUAGAGCUGAAAACCUGGUGUCAAGAAGAGCCCCGACAGCUCUUUACCAUGAAGGCGUCAGUAGGUACAUGGAAGGGCAAGUCCUCUACCUGCAAAAGCAGAUUGAGGGGCGAGCUGAGAAUGCUGAAGACCGUGGAGUCCAGCUGCUCAAGGAUUUGGAGAGUCUGGUGGCUCAGAACACCACUGGCCCUGUCUUCUACCCAAGGCUCUACCACCUGAUGGCCUACGUCUGUAUACUCAUGGGCGAAGGGCAGAACUGUGACCUGUUCCUGAACACAGCCUUACAGCUCUCUGAAACACAGGGGAAUGUGCUGGAGAAAUGCUGGCUGAACAUGAACAAAGAAACUCGGUACUCAAACUCCGAGGUAACGGAAGACCAGUGGCUUCAAACAGUCUUGAAUCUCCCAUCGUGGGAAGAAAUUGUAUCACGCAAGGUAAACAUCCAAGAUAUUAAUAAAAACAAAUUCCUGAUGAGAGUGAGCAUGCCUGAGAAUUGGGAUUAUCCAUGAUGAACCUUUCUCUGGAACCAGCCCCCUCCAGGGUCCUGCAUAUUCUCUUCCGUUCCAGACACGGAACCAGACACGCUGGACUCAAAUUCCUUCUCUUUCUGGAGGGUCAGAAAGG